AUGGUGGCAGCACGCAGGCAGCGACAAGCUCAAAAGCUGCAGGAGCAGCAGAUCUCCAAAGCGCUCGCUGAAGCAAAGCCUGCUUCGAACCACGUCUCGUUCGACGAUGAUGACGAGGACGACGUUCAGGCCACACGACAAGCGCCGGAAGCUGCGACGGCCCACGGUGCUUCGGAUCAAGAAGAGGAGGACGACGAUGCACCCAUCGAGGUGGUGAGCAACAAGACUUCACGUCGGCAGGCUUCGCAGGAUUCGGCCAAGCUCAAGGCGCAGGAGAAGGCCGAGAAGGCACAACGUCAGGCUGUGUCCGAGAAGAAGAGGUUGGAGAAGCAAAAGCAGAAGCAGGAGGAGGCAGAAGCAGCUGAGCUCAGCCUGAAGGCGACCCAUGCACCAGAGCCCAUCGUCGACGCUGCCGUGGAGGAAAGCGACAGCGAAGCAGACGAACCUGGCCCAUCGAAUCGGCUCGACCCCUCGCUCUUCGCCGAAGUCUUCGCUCGACCGGUCGCAGCACCGAGAUCCAUCCUGAAGAAGCGCUCAGCCGAGGAGGAAGCAGACGAAGUGGUCAAGCUGCAAAAGGAAAGACGACUGCAGCGCAAGAAGCAGCGAGCAGGUGGCGUCGUCAAAGGGCGAGACGGCAUGCCGAUGAAGCGCACCAGCGACGGCACCGUGCUGCGAGCUCUCAACACCAGCACCAGCCACAAGACGAGCUUCGACGACCAAGACGAAAACUCACCCGAAGAGCCGCUCGAUACGGUCGCCCGACCUGACCCACUCGACCCCUCCGUCUCGCUGCCGAAUGCGAAGGCGCGAGCUUUCAAGAAGCGGACGCUUGCCAAGAAGGGUACUGUGAAGACGACUACAAAGGGCAACGGCGCAAAGACGAAGAAGAACGAGGACGAUCCGCUGGGACUCAACGACCCUGCGUUCUUGCCCGGGGGAGAGUUCUACCACUUGGUCAAUAAGGGCGAUAAGGCCAAGGGUGGCAAGCAGGCUCGUCAGACGGAGCAGCCGACCGCGCGCCAGGCUUUCCGUGGAGGCGGUGUUCGCGAGGACGCCGUGUCGGCUCUCCGUGCGAGAAGUCGCAGCGGUCCGUCGCUCGGCUUUGCCCGAAGUCAAGAGGGCUCAGACGACGACUACUGA